AUGGUUCUUCAUUAUGAUCCAACAACAAAAGAGCAAUCAAAAGUUUGGGUGUCACAAACUGAUCCUCGACCAACCAAAGUUCAUCGAUACAAAAGUUCAGGCAAGCGAAUGGUGGCGAUUUUCUUCAUGAAAUCCGGUUUAAUCAAGUCCAUACCAUUAGAACGUGGUGGAACGGUAACAAAGAGAUGGUAUGUCAGUAGCUGUCUACCACAAGUCUUCGAAACAGUAUCGGAAUGGCGACAAAAGACUGAUCUUCGUGGUCUCAUUUUGCAUGAUGAUAACGCGAGGCCGCAUAGAGCCGGAAUUGUUAACGAAUUUCUGGCCGAAAAUCGUGUUGAACUAUAUCAAAAUCCACCGUAUUCUCCAGACCUAAGUCCGUGUGACUUUUUGUUUGCAAAACUCAAAAAUCAACUACGUGGAAUUCGAUUCGACGACGACAAUGCAAUGCUGAAUGCGUUAGAACAAGCCAUUGGCAACCUCACAAAGGAUGAUUUCAAAAACUGCGUUGAUGACUGGUUUAUCCGAAUGCACAAGUGCAUUGAUGCUGAUGGACAGUACUUUGAAAAACUACAUUAG